AUGACUUCCACCUCUACCCACACCUCACUCUUGGUAGAAUCAAGACAAGGCUAUGGGCAUGAUUCUCGACAAAGGUUAGAAGAGAACAAUACCAUCGAUACCAUCACUACCAUCGACCAAGUGAAGGCUAAGGUCCAAGACAACAAGGGCAUCUUGCUCGACCAGAAGAGUCUCAUCUUCAACGGAAGGCAACUCGAAGAUGGUCGUUCCCUAGCCGUGGUGCAGCAGUACACGGAGGAAGCUCCUUCUCAUUCUUUACUCAAGGCUGAUUCAGAACUCGCUCUCACUCUCGGUGCUCAACUGAAGCUCAACGGCGAUGGCUCCACCUUUCUUGUUUUCACCUAUGUGAACCCAGCCAUGGCAAAGGGUGAGAGUCCAACAAAUGGUAUCGACUUGGGGAUGACAUACUCAUGUGUUUGUUUGGCAACAUGA